GUCUACAAUGAUACAGAGCUACAGACAUUACUCCCAAAUAACGAAAGGGGGGAAUCGAUCAAAUUGGCGGGAAAAAUACAUCGCGCUGCCUCUCUCGAAUCCAAAGGGGAAGUGGAUCUGACCUGUCACCAAAAAGCUCCGAUAAUCUGGUCUGGACCAUCGCCGCUUCAAUUUGGUCUGCUGGUUGUGGGGAAGGAAAACGCUAGGGCGGGUAAUUAGAGCAAGCGGGGAGCGAGAUAAGGGAUAAAAUGGCGGCAAUGGAAACCCUAGGCAUCCUCGAAGAGGUAGAGGCUCUGGUGUCUGACAAGCAUCAAGUGGUAAGCUUCUCCUGUUUCUCCUAUUCCAUAGCGGUUUCGUUCUCUCUACUUCCUGCAACAAUUGGAGGAAUUUCAUCAGCUCAAUUGAACUAUUAAUUCCCUUCAGAGUGCAAAGUAAGAUGAAUUUGGGAUUGGGUUGAGUUACUAACUCGGAAUUCUUCGAUGGCUGUUAGUUCCAAGAAUUUAUGCUUUGAGGGAGGUUAUUUACUUGAAUUUAGUUACAGUAAGGUUUUAGUUUCUCUUAGUUAUCAUCUCAUGUGUUUACAAUGCCAGUUAUUCGGCUCUUUUCAUGUGAUAGUUUAUUCAAUCUGAGAUUUAGGUAGCACCUGGGCUUUUCUAUUCAAUCUUUAUUCAUUGAAAUUGGAUCUGAGCUUUACGGCCGUUUAGGUUUCGUACAAGUGGCUAAGUCGCAACUUUUUGGUGCCAUCAAAUGAUGCCAAGAGGUUGCUCCAAGACCUUGUUGAUAGACGCGGCAGCAGUUUGGACGUAGUGUAUACUGUGUCUGGUUGGCUGAAUAACAACCCUCCAAGUUACAAAGUCCGGCUUGUCAAUGGGGUUGGACUUGAAAGUAAGGUUUCCAGUCAAAGAUGCUUGUCAUCUUGCAGUGCUGUUUAUUUGUUGUUCAUGGAGGCAUGAGUACUAGCAAGAGGGUCCGGUGCUUUGAUCACUUCGUUUUGCAACAUCGUCGGGUUGAAUGUCCUGUUUGAUUUUCUUUUAAUUCAGAUUUUCGUAGGGCGAUUUUGCCUGUAGUAUCCCUUGAAUGUAGUUAUGUGAACUAACUUAUCUAUCACAAAUCAGAGGCAAGCCUUCGAUUGUCAUAUAUCAAUAAUAUCUACCACUACCAAGGAUAUGAAGCAUAAUGUGAGGGACAGCUGGUUUUCCUGUGUCAACAAGUUUCCAAUCCGUUGUAGGAUAGAGCAUGAUAUAAAAUCUGGAAGCUUUCCUAUGGUUUUGUCUCUUAGUCCAUUUGGCUCUCAACUUGGUUAUCUCUUUUGCUCUUUCUUUGAGACCAAGAGAUUCUGAUUUGAGGAAUUUGUUUCUUGAAACCUUUGCAGAAGCGAAGCAAGAUUUUGAUGGUAACUGUUCCGUUCAGGUCUAUAGUGUCCAAGCUUCCAUUCCAAGGGACUCAGCUGUCCUUUGGAAUAUGGAGUCCAUACAAGCACAUGAACUCGCUAAGCAACCCUCACCUGAAAGCAAUUGCUUGAGGGAUAACAGGUUGUGUGGGAUUAUUAACUCCUUUGUCAAGCGCAAUGUCGAAGGAGGCCAUGCCACCAUCAAUUCAGCUCCUCAAGCCAAUAAUGUUGAAAUACGACGACCAUCUGGAGGUUUAACCGGAAGUGGAAAUAGUAUGGGCCCUCCAUCUGAUCAAAACAAAGUACAGCAGUUGCCACUAAUGGCUGGUCGCCAGUCUUCCAACAUGGUCAAAGAAGUCAAAACUGACAAGAGUGGAAUCAAAGGUCAUGAUCAGAAUACAAAGUCUUCUGCAGUUGUAGAUAAAGCUCCUUCCUUGCCAAGUAAGGGACUAGGUGGCAACAACUCAUCAAAAAACGGGGGUUCCUUAUCCAAGUUAUGGGGCCAUGCAACUGUGAAGUCGAAGCCAACUAUUGCCCCAGCAAUCAACGGCACAGAAGCUAAAAGUAAUGCCAUUGAAGCACUAGAUGAUGUGAUGAAUGAUAAUGAGGAUGAGGACGUCAAUGUCAAGCGAGGCUCCAAUGGCAGAAAAAGGAGGGUAGUCUUUGAUGACUCUGAUGACGAGUGCGAAGAUGCAGUUGAUCUGAGUUCACCCGGUAAAACAUUACCUGUGAAUAAUGCUGAUAUUACUGGACAGAUAGAAGAUACAGUGGUGCACGAUGAAGGCAAAAAACCCGAUUUUACAGCAUGUAACCAGCUUUUGAAUGGAGUAGGUUCUUUGGCUCUCGGCCAGCCCGGUGACUCUAAGAGUUCAUGUGCACAGACAAAUGAUAUUAAAGAUAAUGCAGGAGCUUCUAAAGCUGCUCCUAAUGCUUCGAAAAGGAACAAAGUGUUGAAGACAUGGAUUGAUGAGCGUGGCAGAGAAGUGACUGAAGUAGUUUCUGAGCGGGACGAGACAGAGAAGAAAAGUUCUGAGACCAAGAGUACUGUAAAGGCUUCUGCUGAUGUAACUACAAAGCCCUCUAGCAGGGAACUUGCGUCUAAGAAGUCGACCCUAGCCAUGGGAAAUGGAAAAGCAGGAGGGAGCAAAGCUGGAGCUAAAAGGGAUCCAAAGCAAGGGAACAUUCUAUCUUUCUUCAAGAAAGUCUGAGCCCUUGUUAAUAGAGUGUAAGCGGCUAAUGCAAAAACCUUGUUGAACUUGAGCACUAUAAAAGCAAUAUUAAGUGGAUGACAACAAUGAGCUCAUUACAUUCAAACUUUGAAGUCAAUGUGACUUAUGCACUUGUAGUUAGAUCGAUGUCGUCAUUGAUCAUCAUAUGUUUGAAUUAGUUCAUCUUGGUGAACUUCAAUCCCGACGAUUCGAUUCAAUCAAUUUGUUUUGAUCCAACUGCAAUAUAAGUUGCCUUGAAGCUAAAACUAGCUGCUGGCGAUGAUCUUUGUUCCAAAUCCCAUUGUCGCCAUUGCAGAGACACCACUCGUGAGUCGUGAGGAGUACCAGCCAUACUGUAUGCUUGGAGUAACACCUCAUCAUGAUUGAGCUGGUGGUUAUAAGAUUUCCCUCGUGAAUUGUCAACAUCUACCCAAACUAUCAACAUGACUACGGAUCCUACUCAACAUAUCCUCCUCAAAUCCAACAGCUGCCACAGCCAUCCCCCAUGUAUCUAAAUCGAUCGCAUUACCCUUAGCAAGUGUGUCCAAGACUGACCACGCCAUUUCCAUAUUCCUUUGCUCACAUAACUUACCAAAAAAAGCACACACGCUGCCAGGAUGAGGAGCAAAGCCCUUGAAGAUCAUCUCGUCCAGUACAAAAGCUGCAUCCUCAAACUGCAUUCCAUCGCAAAGCCCUCUGAAAACAAUUCUGUAUGACAACACAUCUGGGAGACAGCCACUCCCUGGCAUGCUCUCGAACAACUCAUACGCACAUUGCCAUCUCCCGUGCUUGCACAAUGCAUCAAGAACGACGUUGUAGCUCACCACGUCUGGUUUACGCCCUUUCCUCGACAUUUCAUCAAACAUCUGGUAAGCUGCGCUGAAAUCCUGGUUCCUGCAGAACCCACUGAUCAUCACGUUGUAAGUCACCGUGUCGGGUUUACACUCGCUGCUGCUCCGGUUCAUCUCGUCCCACAGUUGCAAAGCUUCUUCCUUUUUACCUCCCUGAAAGAGGGCAUUGAUGAGGGUUGAGUAGAUUGAGGAGUCCAGUGCUAUCCCUUUCAUGAUCAUCUCGUCUCUGAGCUUGAACGCUGAGUUCAGCUCACCAUUCACACAGAAGAAUUUCAUCAAGGAGGAAUAGAUGUAAGCAUUGGGAGUGAUUCUGUACAAGUUAACCAUAUCGCUCUUUAGCUUCAGAGCCUCUUCCAACAUGUUAGCCGAACAGAGCCCUUUAAUUAAAGUCACAAACGUCACGACAGUGGGGCGAAUGUUUCUGCUCAGCAUUUCGUCGAACAGCUUCAGGGCAGCAUCUACCAUCCCCUUGGAGAAACACCAGCGGAAGAGUAUAUUGUAGGUAACAGCAUCGGGCCCCCCCGCAUAUUGUUCGACACCUGCACAGAAUUCCACCAUUCUAUCAGCUUCUUUGCACAUCAGAAACGCGUUCAGCAAGGAGUUGAAUGACCGGACGGUCCGUUGACACCGGAAAGCAGGAAUUUCCUCGAACACCUUGGUGGCAUCUUCUAGGCGGCGGGCGCGGGCGUAGAACUGGAUCACGUUGCAGAAGAUCACUUCUUUGGGGGCGAAACGGGUCUGGGUUUUUAGCUGGAGGAGGAUUUCUUCCAGCUCCGGGAACAUUUUGGCGGCCCCGAGCUUGGUGAUGAUGAGGUCAUAGCAGAGUGGAGAAUGGCGAAAUUGCUUGGAUGCUGAAGAACUGGGUCCAUCAAAAUUCGGGUUGCGGAAGAGGUCUAGGGCAAGCUUCGGAUCCUUCUGGAUCCGCAGCAGAGAGGCUAGUCGGAACGGAGAAAUCAGCUUUGGUAGCUUCAUCGGCGCCGGGUUUUGUUCUGGUUGAUGUCGGAGUGAAUUUGUUUUAUUGGAAGUUCUGUAGACUAGAUACCGG